AGAUCCCCUUUUUCUCUGUUUUUUUUAUAAAUAAAAAAAAAACCCUUAUUUCUCUAUUUUAAGAUCACUCAUUUUUCUCGUUCGGACAAAACAAAAUAAAGAAAAGAAACAUGCUUUCUCCAACUCCGCUUUUCUGUACUUUACUCCUUUGCCUGCCUUUAGCCAUUGUCAUCACUAACACCAUCACCAUAAUCAACACCACCCCAACAGCCACCAUCAGGAAUCGUCGUUCUCUUGAAAGCCCAGUUACAGUUCUAUUACAGAAAACUCAAUCCACCACCCACCACCGCCAAAAACUCAUCAUUCAAACCAUAAUUUCGCUUGCAUCAAAAAAGCCACCUUCGCCACCACCACCACCACAAGAUGACCAAUCACUUCUCAGAUCAGCAUCCAGAGUAAAUCCAAGACCUUUGCUUCCGAAGAAAAUAGCCUUCUUGUUUCUCACUACAACUCCACUUCACUUCGCUCCACUUUGGGAACUAUACUUUGACCAUACCCCAAAACAAUUGUUUAACAUCUAUAUCCAUGCAGACCCAAGUCACGACUACGACCCGCCGUUUUCUGGUGUGUUCUUCAACCGUGUUAUCCCUUCACAACCCUCUCAACGCUAUUCCCCCACUCUCAUCUCAGCGGCGCGUCGUUUACUCGCCCACGCGCUUUUGCAUGACCCUGCCAAUGCCAUGAAAAGCUUUAUCGAGAUAUUGAAAAAUGAGGAAUGGAUGUACGAAAGGUGGGCGGCGCGUGGACCAGAUGCGAUGUUGCCGGAGGUGAAGCUGGAAGAGUUCCGAAUAGGGUCGCAGUUUUGGGUGUUGACACGUAAGCAUGCGAGGCUUGUCGUCAAUGAACAGAGGAUUUGGGCAAAGUUUAAUCGAACGUGCGUGGUGAGGCACUCGUGCUAUCCAGAAGAAAAUUACUUUCCUACCCUUAUCCACAUGAAGGACCCACGUGGCACCGUGUCUGCUUCCCUGACGCACGUGAAUUGGACAGGUAGAUAUGACGGUCACCCUCGUAUGUACGAAGCGAGUGAAGUGGGACCAGAGUUGAUCACGACCAUAAGGAGAAGUAGGCCUAGGUAUGGCUACGACGGAAUCAACGGCUCAGAUUUGCCUGUGACGCGACAAAAUGAUCCGUUGUUGUUUGCGAGGAAAUUCUCUCCUGAAUCAAUCGAGCCGUUGUUAAAUUUAGCUAAGGAGAUAAUCUUAAAAGAUUAGGAUAAAUGGUAAAUGGCAGUGUUGUAAAUUAUAACGGUUUCAAGUGGCAAAUGUAUAAAUCAUAGGGGUUUGUGCAAAUGUAUAAGAAAAAAAGGGAAAAGAACAAAGAGGAACCUGGGAGGAAAAAAGAAUAAUCUCCGUUUUUUUUUUUUUUUUUUUUGAGGAAUAUACAGAAUGAGUUGAAGUGUUUAAUUUUUCCUUUUUCUAAAUUUUAUGAAAUAAUAUGUAAGAAAUGAAAACACGACAAGAAAAAAUCAAGAUUGGUGGAAGUGAAAAUACAUGAAAAAAGAAUGGCAAACAGAGAGCAGAUUCAUCAAACUGUGACGUCUACUGUAUUUACCUUGUUCUAUACAGCAGACAUCUGUUACUGAAAGACAGCACGUACGUGUUAGGUGUUAAGUGUCCUGGGUUGGCCUAGAGAGCAAAAACAAAAAAUUUUAAACUUUUGUAGAUUCAGUUUAUUUCUUUUAGAAAUCAAAAUUAUGUUUUGAAGCAUGUUCGGUUUGAUUUUAAGUUUAAAAGAAUCCGUUUGACUAAAUUGGAAAUAAA